GUUGAUCUAUUCUUCACUCUUCACAGGUCUACGUAUGGCUACCUUAGAAUUCUUGACAUUGUUCUUCUUCGUCUUCCUUCCGCACAUAUCUGCUAAGAAAUGCCAUGAGUUGAGAUGCAGGACUUAUGACACCCCACAGGUUAGAUUUCCAUUCCGGUUAAGAGAGCGCCAACCACCACGUUGUGGCGAUAUUCCAGCAACUUUGAUCUCUCAUGCAACCAACAAAAACAAACCAUUCUCACUCUCCCAUCAUCUUCGGGGGACUUCACCGUCGAGAGCAUCAGCUACACCGACCAAAGCAUCUGGAUCAACGACCAGAACAAGUGCAUCCCCAAGCGGAUACUCGACAACGACUUCCGUCUUGCAGGCUCACCCUUCCAAUUUGAGCAUGGCCUGGAAAACUAUACCUUCUGCAACUGCUCGCCCCAAGCUCCGCUAGUACGGCUUUAUAUAUAUCAUCCCAUCACUUGCCUCAGCAGUGACAACUACAAGGUCAUUGCUUUGCCAACGAGGUCAUGGAGGUCGCCUCACUCUCUUUGUAACAUGAUUUCAACAGCUAUAUAUGGUCCCGAUCGUAAAUUAUGAGUGGCUUGACACUGACUUUGGUGUGAGGUUGACAUGGGGCGAGCCUGAUUGUCGUUCUUGUGAAUCGAGUGGUCGAGUUUGUGGGUUUAAGAAUGAUUCCAGUUUGCAACUUGACUGCUCUACGCAAACUAAUGGGUUUUCAGGUCUCUCAAAUGCCGAAAAGUUCCGGUUACUAAUAAACGUGGGAGUUCCGGGGCUAGUGUGCAUCACUAUGUUCGCACUUUAUAUUUACACCUUAAUCAGGGACCGUGGUCGCAUCAAUGAACCCAUCACAGAAUUAUCCAGUGUGACCAUUCCACAGAUUCAUGUCGUUAUAACGGGCCUUAAUGAUCUAACCAUUGAAUCAUAUCCGAAGACUCAACUUGGCGAGAAAUGGGAAUUUCCAAGUCCCGAGGACAGCACUUGCCCAAUAUGUUUGUGCGAGUACCAACCCGAGGAAACUAUAAGGACAAUACCUGAAUGCAAUCAUCAUUUUCAUGCCAGUUGCAUUGAUGAGUGGCUCAGAAAGAAUCCUACGUGCCCAGUUUGUCGAAAAGUUCCACAGGAGGAUAACAAAACAAGUCUCUCCCCAAUUGAGACAUGAUUCAUUAAUUUGGAUUCUUUGAUCAUCAGUAUUUGAAACGUAUUUUUGUGUACUUGAUCUUCUUUUCUACAACUUUUAAGUCAUAUGUGUUUGUAAUUAAUGCA